AUGUCUGUAGCUUCAUCUGAUUCUGGUGCGGAGUAUCACACCUUCUCAGAACGAACCCUGGCCAUCAUCAAGCCAGAAGCCUUUGAUGAUGCUGAUGCCAUCGAAGAUCAUAUAGUUGACAAUGGGUUCAUGAUUCUUGCUCGCCGCAAAGUCAAACUGACACCAGAGCAAGCCGCGGAGUUGUAUCGCGGCCACUAUGGAAGACAUCACUUCCCACACUUGGUCGCGCAUAUGUCUAGUGGACCUAUUAUAGCUCUCGUAUUAGCGGCACAGAAUUGCAUUCACAAGUGGAAGGUGUUAAUGGGACCUGCUAGAGUGGUCGAAGCGCAGGCCUAUUGGCCGGACAGUCUGCGAGCUUGUUACGGACGUCGAACUAAAUACGGGGACUACUUCAAUGCGUUACACGGAAGCGAAAACUACGGGGAGGCGUUACGGGAAAUACAUUUCUUCUUUCCAGAAAUGAUCGUGGGUCCCUUACUCCGUCAGUGGCAAGUAGGUGACUACAUCCUCAAAUACAUAUCGCCAACACUAGCUCCGGCCCUGUCUACGCUUGCCCACGACCGUCCCGCGGAGCCAGUACUAUGGCUGGCUGACUACUUGCGGAGACACAACCCUAACCAACCGGAACUGGCGCCACAACCCACGGAUAUGAGAGAAGAAAGGAAGUGUCAGACACCCACACCCUCUGAAGUCACUCCUGUUAAAUGA